CCGUCCUCCAAACCCAUUAAACGGUGACCGGGUCGGAUGGUUUAUCUAAUCUGGCGAACCUUUAUCCACAAUUCCAUCUGGAGUGAAAAACACCGUCCAAUGACACCUGUAUGGACCAAGAAGCACAUUGGUUCACGCGCAGCACUAGCCAGAAGAGGUAUUUAUUUUCCACCAAACUUUCCCUUCCCUGCCCUCCGACGCCUCCCCUUCUCUAUCUUUUCCUUCCUCGCUCUCUCUCUCUGUCUCUCUCUCUCUCUCUCUAUAUAUAUAUAUCCCCAUCCACGUUUGGAUACAGAUUUGGAGGGAGACAGAGGCUGUGAAAUUUUGUUGAAAGCGUUGUCAAUACAGAAGAAGGGAGAUGGAGGGCAAAAACAACAGUAAUUUCAGAGGAAAGGAGGACAUGGGUACGGUUGCAGUUCAUAGCCAAGUGAGAAAAAUAAAGCAGGAAUCGGAGCAAAUCAUCGACCGGUCACAUGGACUGCCUGAGAUGAGACCUGUUUUAAGAGAGAUUUCUAGACAGCAGCUUUCUCGGUCUCCUUUGGGGUUAAAUGGCAGACCAAUCUCUGUUGGUCCCUGGAGAGAGCCUUAUGAAUCAGUUUGAUUAAAAUCUUUUCAAAAAGAAUAAAGUACUGUUCAAACAGCUCAUGGAAGAAUUAGUCUCCUGUUUUCACAUAGAAUUUCAUCACUCUUUCUUCCUCUCUCUCCCCCUCCCUCUUUGCACAUCUUUGUAUAUAUAUAUAUGGGUAUAGUUUAAUUUCAGUAGGUUUAUUGAAAA